UCGUUUUUCACGAUUCAAAACGUGGUGACGCGGUAUUGCUAGUUCCGCGGUUCCGCUUUUUGUUGAACAGUACGCAGUAGUUCGCGGUACAAAUCACGGACGCCUGGCACCCAUUUGGCAAACGCCACCACCCAGAAGCUUACAUGUAAAUCCUACAGUUUAUGGUGCUGCAAAUAUGGAAAGCUACGACCACAGCAGCACCCUGUUCACAAAAAAGGGUGAACCGUUGUAUUUUUCCAUGGUCCCAUGUCCUGAACGGUCUGAUAUCCGGCAGAUAAUAGAGCAUGGAGGGGGAGAACUUGUGCAGCCAAGCAGAGUCGAAAACACCAUUAGGCUUGUACCUUCCGGUACCAGUUACGCUGACCAUCCGAGGUCUACGCUGUACUGUGCAUACAUUCGGGAUUGUGCAUCAAAAAAUGUGCUGUUGCCCCGAAAGAAAUACUUAAUCAAGCCCGUUGAGAGCGGUAGACCACGAAAUGAGAAGCCAGAGAAGGGCAAGCUGCGGGUAGUUAAGCAAAGGCUGGAAUACACCAUAGCCGAACAGGUCGCCAUGGCGAAAUAUGUGAUCGAAAAUCAAAAAACAAUGUCUGUUCACGGUAACAAACUUUACAAGGCAAUGGAAAAGGAUGGAGUUGUUCCACGCCAUACAUGGCAAUCCCUUAAAGAACACUACAUCAAAAAAAUAUUGCCUCGAGUUCACUCUAUCGUCCCACGUGAGCAACCUGACGGGUGGGUGACAAAGGAUAGACCAGCAGGACCGACGCGUGAUUCACAGUCGAGCAUGCAAGAACCACCAGAGGGCAGUGACGCACCACAAGCAACUCAACAGUGCCAAAGUACGUGUGAUGAGGCCGCAAACUCUCGGCGUUCUGUCCCCGAGAGUUCGGCGGAGGUGAACAUGGAAAACGAGUGUUCUACAAAGACGGAUAAGAAUCCGACAAGGAAAGUGAGACAGAAGCGACUGCUCAACUUGUCGCAGUGCGAUAUGAGUGCUUUGCUCAGCGGAAAUGUAACUGAGCCAGCUGGAGAACAGCGGAUGGAAGAGACUGGCGGUGGAGUGCAGUCAGUUGCACGAGAUUCGGAUCCUAGUUGUCGGACAGAUAAUUUUAGUCGAAAUGUUACUGAGCUAGCUGGAGAACAGCAGAUGGAAGAGACUGGUGGUGAAGUGCGGCCAGUUGCAUCAGAUUCAAACCCUUGUUGUCAGACGGAUAACUUUAGUGGAAAUGCAGCUGAGCAAACUGCUGAACAGCAAAUGGAAGAGACUGGUGGUGAAGAGCAGCCAGUUGCAUCACAUUCGAGCCCUUGUUGUCAGACGGAUAACUUUAGUAGAAGUGUAACUGAGCCAACUGGAGAACAUCAGGUAGAAGAGAUUGGCAAUGGAGUGCAGCCAGUUGCGCCAGAUUCGAACCCUAGUAGUCAGUCAGAUAACGUUAGCGGAGAUGUAACUGAACCAGCUGGAGAACAGCAGAUAGAAGAGAGGUGCAGUAGAGUACGGCCAGUUACACCAGAGUCAGACCCUAGUAGCCAGUCAGAUAACGUUAGCGGAGAUGUAACUGAGCCAGCUGGAGUACAGCAGAUAGAAGAGACGUGUGCUGGACUGAAGCCAGCUGCACCAGAGUCGGACCCUAGUAGUCAGUCAGAUAACGUUAGCGGAGAUGUAACUAAGCCAGCUGGAGAACAGCAGAUAGAAGAGACGUGCGCUGGACUGAAGCCAGCUGCACCAGAGUCGGACCCUAGUAGUCAGUCAGAUAAUGUUAGCGGAGAUGUAACUAAGCCAGCUGGAGAACAGCAGAUAGAAGAGACGUGCGCUGGACUGAAGCCAGCUGCACCAGAGUCGGACCCUAUUAGCCAGUCUGAUAACUUUAGCGAAGCUGUAACUGAGCCAACUGCUGAACAGCAGAUAGAAGAGACUGGUGGUGAAAUGCAGCCAGUUGCAUCACACUCGAGCCCCAUUAGUGAUACAGAUAACUUUCAGUUAAACCUUGCAACUCCAAACUCUGAGGCUUCCCAAGGCUCUCCAGCAAGUUCAGAGGGAAGUGAUGCAGGCGCAGAGACUGAAUCAUUGCCUUCGUUAUCAAGUACGAGCGAUACUGAAACUGAUGUCGAGGACUCCGAAACAGACGACGGACGUCAUGGGGCUGCUCCUGCUUCACCAGCACUCUCUAGCCAGCAAGAUACUGUCAGCCUUCCAAGAUGCAACUACCCUGACAGUGAAGCCAGACCAAGUGGUGGAGCCGUGCUCACGGAUGAAACAGCAGUGCUCAUCCGGGCCACGAUUGAGCAUCUGGAAACUCAACUACGUGACAGUGCAGAUGAACGGCUCCAACACGAAGGAAGGUGUCAGCCAAUCUGCAAGUGCAGAAAGAGUGGUUUCUACAGCCGUGUGGCGCGCGCCCUCAUAUCCAACAGGGCCGUUCUUGCCUACCACACCGAGUUUACCGAGGAGAACUGUGUCGAAAACGGCACCGUGCUGCUAGCUGAGCUCUUGCUGCGGAGAUGUGAAGCUGGAGUUCGCAAGCAGUAGCUGUUUAGCAGUUUGUUUCACUGUUAAUGGUCUUGCUCUAGUCCACGGUUGUGAUGUACAGCUUACCCCCUAUAUGUAUGUGAGCUUGAGAAAAUAUUUUGAAUCUUGUUGCAAAAUUUUUGAAAGUUUUUAAAGUUUUUUAAUAUAUUGAAAGGAUACAGAGGUGUUCCAGGGAACAUUUAAAAAUUUGUGUAGCUCCUGUCUUGUUUUAGAACCUUAUUGAGCAAACAAUAAAGCAUAAAUUUGAAAGUU